AUGUCGGUGAAUCCCAUGGCCUACGAGACGCAGUUCUUCGGGUUCACGCCCCAGACGUGCAUGUUGCGCAUCUACUUCGCCUUCCAGGACUACCUCUUCGAAAUGAUGCUGGUGGUGGAGGGCGUGAUGCUGAAGAAGCUGGACAGCAUUCCCGGCUGCAAAAUCAGACCUCCCCAGAUCCGGAAAUGCACCGAGAAAUUCCUGCUCUUCAUGAGGGAGCACUUCGAUAAUCUCUUCGCUACAAUGGAAGAAGUGAUGCUGCAGCUGGUGCUGAACAUCCCCAAGAACGUGCUGCUGCCCGAGGACAGGGUGCAGGAGCAGUAUCCCUACAGCAAGGAGGAGUUCCAGGCGCUGCAGGACGAGCUGCAGCAGCUGCAGCAGCAGUGCAGGGCAGAGGCGGCCCUGGAGCAGGCGCUGCGAGCAGAGCUGGAGGAGCAGAAAGCGGUCACGGCCGAGCUGGAGAAGAUUUUGCAGUGCUUUGACGGGCUUGAGAACAUCUGCAGGGAGCACGGGACCGGCAACUUCAAGGAAAGCUUUGCCCUCCUGACAAAGAGCUCCAAGAAACUGCAGGAUGUGCUGAAAGAUAUUGAGGAGAAGAGCAAAAAAAUAAAGCAGCAUGAUCGGUUAGUGUAAUGGGAAUUCUGAAAAGGCAACAGAUGCCAUACCGAGAGCUUGCUUAAAACUACAAGUCUUUCCCUUACUCCGCUCAUCCUGCCAGGAUUUGGUCUAAAAGCCGUUGAACUGUGCCAGCUUGCACCUCCCUAAGGCAGGAAGGGGAGAAAAGCCUGUAAAAUGUAACUCAGAUUGUUAACUUUGUAAGUUUUGGUUGCAUAACCAGUGUUUGAAAACACUGAAUGUUUGAACGCAGUUCAGCAGCACUUGCCCAUUUUAAGGGUUAUAAAAACGAAGUCUCCUUAAGACUUUUAGGAAUGUGUAGGUGGUUUCCAGCCUGAGGCGGGAGCAGGGGUCCCUGAGACCACGGGGACAGUUCCCAAGGAGCUGCCUGGACCUGGCCACGGUGCCUUUUGCUGUGUUUGGAAAGCCAACAAGGAGUAAAUGCAAGGGAGAAGGGUGACACUGAUGCUGUUGACAAGGUUCUGAUGAGAUCUGUUGGCAUCAAACCAAAUUUCAGCCCAGUUUCUGGAAUCUCAGGGUUCCUCACCACUCCACCGGUACUUGUGUUUCUCUCAGCACUGAGCUGCUGCUCCACAGAGCAGAAGCCACUGGAGGAAAUGAGUAAUUCCAUCACUUUGUCCUACUUCACUUUGUGUUGCUUUAUAUAUUUAUUUGUUAGGGUGUUUUGGUUUGUUUUUUUUUUUUUUUGCCCAGUGUCCCUUUUCUACUAAAUAUUACAAUUCCUUUUAUUAAUGUUUUAUCAGAUUUUCCUGUGAAAAUGGUAUGAAUACUUAUAAGCUCCUGUGUCUUAGUUAAACUUAUUCUCUCUCUAGUUAAUUCAAAAUCCCUGACAGUCUGUGCAUCUUUCCAUGGCAGUUUUGUAAUCUCCUGUUUAGUCCUGUCAUUAAAUAUCAAUAUUAAUUUCUACUUUACUAGCAUAGAAGUUUAAAAGUCAUUAACCCUGUGAAUCAU